ACUGACUUAAAAACAUCCAGGUGAUUAAAGAGUUAUUUCCCAUGCAUGACAGAAGAGUUGACACACAACUCUUUCUGAUCAACCGGGCUGGAUAUCUGUGUUUUAAAACCUCAUACUCCUUAUUCAAGGUGGAAAUUGUCGAGACAUUUGUCAAACACAUAUAUCGACGCUCUUCAACUUCUCUUUCAACCCGUUCUGUCCAAUCACCGACACAUAAGUAGGAAAUCAUGAACUGGGGUUCUCUGGAAGCGCUCCUGAGCGGAGUUAACCAAUACUCCACUGCCUUUGGCCGGGCCUGGCUCUCUAUGGUGUUCAUCUUCCGGGUCAUGGUGUUUGUGGUGGCGGCUCAGCGUGUGUGGGGAGAUGAGAGCAAAGACUUUGUCUGCAACACUGAACAGCCAGGUUGUGUCAAUGUUUGUUAUGACCACUUUUUCCCCAUCUCACACAUCCGUCUCUGGGCCCUGCAGCUCAUUUUUGUCACAUGCCCAUCGCUCAUGGUCACAGGUCAUGUCAAAUACAGGGAGAUGAAGGAUUUGAAGUAUGCUAAACAACACGAGGGGGAGCACAUGUACGCCCACCCUGAAAAGAAACGUGGAGGGCUUUGGUGGACAUAUCUGCUCAGCCUUAUCCUCAAGGCCGGCUUUGAUGCUGGCUUCCUCUACGUCCUGUACUACAUCUACGAGGGUUAUGACAUGCCACGCUUGUCCAAGUGCUCCGUGUUCCCCUGUCCUAAUAUAGUGGAUUGCUACAUAUCCCGACCCACAGAGAAAAAGAUCUUCACCCUCUUCAUGGUGGUCUCUUCUGCAGUCUGUAUCUUCAUGUGUAUCUGUGAGAUGAUCUACCUCAUCUUCAAACGUAUCAAAAAGAUUACGAAAAAGGUCCAACACAGGUCCUAUUCUUCACUCAGAGUGGAUCCUACAGCAUCAAAUCAGAACAUCGCCAACAGUAGAGUGAAAAAAAAGCUUUUCAAAGAGGAGGUCUCCAACAAGGAGUCCGGAACCUCUAGGUUGCCAUGGGAGUCAAAAUCUUCAAUCAAUGUGGAUCCUACAGCAUUAAAUCAGAACAUCACCAACAGUAUAAUGGAAGAAAAGCCUCCUAUGGUGGAGGUCGACAACAAGGAGUCUGCGACCUCUAGGUUGCCCGUGGAGGCAAAAUCUUCAGUUAGAGAGGAUCCUAAAGCAUCAAAUCAGAACAUCACCAACAGUGUAGUGGAAGAAUAGUCUACGGAGGCGGUCCUUAACAGGGAGUCCGCGACCUCUCGGUUGCCCUUGGAGGCUAAAUCUUCAGUCAGAGUGGAUCCUACUGCAUCAAAUCAGGACAUCACCAACAGUGUAGUGGAAGAAAAGUCUACGGUGGUGGUCCUCAACAGGGAGUCCGCGACCUCUAGGGUGUCCUUGGAGGCAGUGUGUGGGGGUAGCAAUGAUGUUGUUUGAUUAGACUUUUUGUUUUAUAAUGCACGAGAAACGCUUAAUUAUAAAAGAAAAAAUACACACGCA